AUGGCCGCUGUUCAACCGGACAAGAUCACUCAGUUCACCAACCGCUCCGCGGGGCCUUUCCAACAUAUCGGGAAGGCGCAUGCGGUUCUGUCUGGUGCGCCUCCUCCAAAUCCUCUCCAUUCAGCGCCAACACGCCCCUCGUCAUUAAGCGCGAAGACAUGUCCGACGUGCGCUCCAUCACCCACGAGGCCGAAAUACACCACCACAUCCUCCAAGCCCUCGCACACCCCCUCGUGGCUUCACCACCUUCCGCGUCAACAUCCCCUCUCUCACGGCCUCCUCCACCACACCAACAUCUCAGCCUGGUCCCAGAUCCUGCCCAGGCUGCCCGCAGGUUACGCAGCUUGCAACGUCCUCGUCAGCGAGAAAAUCCAUCUCUUCCCCUUCCGUGUACGGAAGCUCCUGCUCGAGCAGCUGACGGCCUGCGAUGACCCGCAGAAGGUUGCGCAAGGGCACAUGAACACGCACUGCCUGAUCAGAGCAUACCUGGGCAAGAGGAAGAACAACCGAGUGGAGGAAGGCGCGAGGCCUGCGCACUUGAAGAAGCUGCGCCCGUUUAGUUUGAGGAACUUCCCGCUCUGCGUCGACCAGAUGGAGGACCUCGAGCUCAAUGUUGAGGGGUGCGCGCGUGGCAUGGCUGAUGCGCUCGCGUUUAUGCACUGGACGGCCAAGGUCGACGGGAAUGACGUGGAAGAGGAUUUCCUUAAGACGAGCGAAACAUUAUUGGAAGGUGAGAGCGAAGGAAUCAAGAAGUUGCCCGUUAUGCUCAUGGACAUGAUUGAGGAGACUAAGGGGAAGUCUCUGAGGGGAGGCUUGGUAUCGGAAGAUCGCAUUGAGGGGCAGAAGUGA